CCCAGCUGAAUGCACAACUAGAAGGUUGGCUUUCUCAAGUACAGUCCACAAAAAGACCUGCUAGAGCCAUUAUUGCACCCCAUGCAGGAUAUACCUAUUGUGGAUCUUGUGCAGCCCAUGCUUAUAAACAAGUGGAUCCUAAUAUUACACGAAAAAUUUUCAUUCUUGGGCCCUCCCAUCACGUGCCCCUUUCCCGAUGUGCACUUUCCAGUGUGGACAUUUAUAGAACACCUCUGUAUGAUCUUCGAAUUGACCAGAAGAUUUAUGCAGAGUUGUGGAAGACUGGAAUGUUUGAGCGUAUGUCUCUACAGACAGAUGAAGAUGAACACAGUAUCGAAAUGCAUUUGCCUUAUACUGCUAAAGCCAUGGAAAGCCAUAAGGAUGAGUUUACUAUUGUUCCUGUGUUGGUCGGAGCACUGAGUGAGUCAAAAGAACAGGAAUUUGGAAAACUCUUCAGUAAAUACCUAGCUGAUCCUAGUAACCUCUUUGUCGUUUCUUCUGACUUUUGCCAUUGGGGUCAGAGGUUCCGUUACAGUUACUAUGAUGAAUCCCAAGGAGAAAUUUAUAGAUCCAUUGAACAUCUAGAUAAAAUGGGUAUGAGCAUUAUAGAGCAGCUAGAUCCUGUAUCUUUUAGCAAUUACUUGAAGAAAUACCAUAAUACAAUAUGUGGAAGACAUCCUAUUGGCGUAUUAUUAAAUGCUAUCAACGAGCUCCAGAAGAAUGGGAUGAACAUGAGCUUCUCGUUUUUGAAUUAUGCUCAGUCGAGCCAGUGUCGGAACUGGCAAGACAGCUCAGUGAGUUACGCGGCCGGAGCGCUCAUGGUGCACUGAACCGCUGGACGCUCAGGGAUGGCACCUGCACACACUCUGUACACGGGGUCCCAGCCUAGCCCUUGCAAAGAUACAGCCCUUGGUCUUUGGGUAUACUGAAACCUCAAACUAAUAGAACUCUUCUUUUCUAGUAGGUGUAGUCCUUCCUUAGUUUCAACUCAUUUAAAAAUGCUUUCUUGUUUAGGACGGUGGAAGGAAGGCUGGUAUUAAAAUACUUGGUGACUCUUAAGAAAAAGGUUGUGGCUCUAGAGGCAUGGUGACAGACAGUCCUUAUACAACACGUAAAGCAUUUACCAUAUCCUAAAUUUGCACUCUUCGCAGACUUGUGCACAUGUACUCAGCUUUCAGAAUAGUUUUGCAAGUUGUAAACAGAAAAAGAGGUGGAAGCUUUUUAUUAAAAAAGGGGAGCAACGCAUUUAUAAAUGAUGCUGUAC